AUGUCCCUAGACUACGAGAAGCUCGCCAGGCAGUGCGAGGCCGACCUCAACACGUACCAGUCCAAGACGGGCGAGGUGCAGUACGGCGAUGAGCUGAGCACAAACCGAGGCUACAACAAACGCAUCCCUCCGGGCGAAGGAGGCGUGCUGGACUACCGCGGCCGGCAGACCCGCGGAGAGCACUUUGAGGGCAAAGGCGGCCCCAUGGACAAGGCCAACCGGGGGCAGCCCGGCCAAAACGACAACGACGUGGUGCUCGCGCGCGUGCCCCCCGUCGAGGGCCGGGGCAGCGCCGGCGACAUUGCGACGCAGGGCAAGCAGGCAUCCCGGAACAACGUGGGGCGCAACCCGCCCUUCCGCGGCGAAAACUGCCACGCGCCGGAGAGCGUCCCGGACAGCAUCUCGGCCGAGGGCUGGCUGGCGCCGGAGAGCGUGACCGAGGCCAGCAAGGAGAGCGAGGGUUACCGGUGA